AACUUCAAUUGCCGUCUUGUCUCCUGUGCAGUCAGCAAGUUUUUUUCUUCUCGUAAUUCACAUUCGUAAUAUUAAAAAUCUUUAGAAGAUGUCAAAGCCACUUCUCUCCACCGAUCCAGUCUAUCAAAAAGUCCAACAAUAUUACGAUGCCAACGGAGCUAAAAUUAACAUAAAACAACUCUUUGAGAGUGAUCCAAAGCGCUUCGAUAAGUUUAAUUUGACAUUGAAGACACCUAAUGACGGUGAUAUUCUUUUGGAUUACUCAAAAAACCGCAUCACCGAUGAUGUUUGGAAGCUGCUUUUGCAAUUAGCUGAAUCUCGCGGUCUUGCCAAAGCUCGUGAUGAAAUGUUUGGUGGCACUCACAUCAAUAUUACAGAAGAUCGUGCUGUAUUGCAUACUGCUUUGCGAAAUAAGUCAGGCAAGCCAGUGAUGGUUGAUGGCAAAGAUGUAAUGCCUGACGUGCUUGCUGUCUUAGCUCACAUGAAAGAGUUCACCAAUCAAGUUCUCAGUGGUGAAUGGAAAGGCUACACUGGCAAGAAAAUUACUGACGUUGUCAACAUUGGAAUUGGUGGAUCUGAUUUGGGACCUUUAAUGGUCACUGAAGCACUUAAACCUUUCUCGAAAGGACUUAACAUGCAUUUCGUUUCGAACAUUGAUGGAACUCAUUUAGCUGAGACACUCAAGAAAAUUUCUGCUGAAUCAACUCUCUUCAUCAUCGCUUCGAAGACAUUUACAACACAAGAAACCAUCACCAAUGCAACAUCAGCUAAAACCUGGUUCCUUGAAACAGCAAAAGAUCCAUCGGCAGUUGCAAAACAUUUCGUUGCAUUGUCAACCAAUGAAGAAAAAGCGACAGCAUUUGGAAUUGAUGCGAAGAACAUGUUUGGAUUCUGGGAUUGGGUUGGAGGACGUUACUCAUUGUGGUCAGCCAUUGGACUGUCAAUCUCAUUGUCAAUUGGAUUUGAGAACUUUGAGAAGCUUCAAGAAGGUGCAUACUUUGUUGAUCAACAUUUCCAGACUGCACCAUUGGAUCAGAAUGUUCCCGUUAUCUUAGCUUUGCUUGGAAUCUGGUAUUCAAACUUCUAUGGAGCUGAAACAACUGCUUUGCUUCCUUACGAUCAAUAUUUGCACCGAUUCUCUGCUUACUUCCAACAAGGUGACAUGGAAAGUAAUGGAAAAGGAGUUUGCAAAAGUGGAAAACGUGCUGACUAUCAAACUGGUCCCAUUGUGUGGGGUGAACCAGGUACAAACGGUCAACAUGCUUUCUAUCAAUUAAUUCAUCAGGGAACACGAGUCAUCCCAUGUGACUUCAUUGCCCCAGCUCAAACACACAAUCCAAUCGCUGGCGGAAUUCAUCACAAACUUAUUUUGGCUAACUUCUUGGCACAAACUGAAGCUUUAGCUCUUGGAAAAACCGAAGAACAAGUUCGAAGUGAAUUGGAAAAAGCUGGCAUGAAGGGAGAGAAGUUAGAAAAUCUUGUUCCUCACAAGGUUUUCACUGGAAAUCGCCCAACGAAUUCUAUUGUUGUUAAAAAGGUGACACCAUUUGUUCUUGGAGCGCUGAUUGCAACUUACGAACACAAAAUCUUCACUCAAGGAGUUAUUUGGGAUGUCAACUCAUUCGAUCAAUGGGGAGUUGAAUUGGGAAAAGCAUUGGCGAAAGCUAUCGAAGGAGAUUUGGCAAAUAAUGAUAAGGUUUCCAGUCAUGACUCAUCAACCAAUGGUUUGAUUAACUUCAUAAAAAGUAACUGGUAAAUCAAAGAAAACAACAUAAAGUCAUGUCACGAGUUCAACUCUUACAGAAAGCAAGCAGAUUCCUUACAAUUUUUAAUUUUAUGUCAUGUUCAGGCAGCACUUAAUCGUAUAUCAAUAAUUAUUAGAUGAUGUUGUUGUCCCAAUUUCUUUUCGUUAAAAGUUAUUUAAUAAAAAACUCUUUGAGAGUAAAAUUGCAUUAAAGCAAGAAAAUUAAUGAAAACAAAAACAUUGAAACAUUCACCAACACACUUGUUAAAACAUUAACAAAAAAUUGCGU